AUGUCCUUAGCAUCGACGCUUCUCGGCGCUUUACCCAGUUCCAUUCAGUUACUUAAUGGUGACAACGUGUCGAAGCUCGACUUCAGGGCAUACGAUGCAUACGUCAAGAGACAGCAGAAGCUAUUUAGUGACCUGAGUUCGUCGGCAGUCAACCCUUUCGAUACGUUAUCACUCGGAAACGUCGCAGACCAUAUUCGAAGACCUAAACAUCGGGAUCAAGUCAUCUCCUACAUAUGUACAUCAUCUGGGAACCGCGAUGUUAACGCUUGUCAAGAUGUCUUGAAUCUUGUGGCUCGACUUAUUCUGAUGAUUGAAGUGGGCAGUUUAGAGAAAGACUCCGGGUUCUUGCACCAGACUGGCCCCAGGCCAAUGCCUCUCUGGGAUGAGGAUUCUCUAGGCAGCUUGACUGGAAAGCUGUUCCCCAUCUCAAGUCUACAGACCUGCAGUGGAAUGGCAAUAGCCCCAGACUUAUCUGCAUGGAGUCUUGAAAAUGUUGCCGGGAUCAAGAUUGAGUUCACCGAUAACCUGGCUGACCAUUUACGCUUGACCAACAACAAUUCGCAAGUAUAUAUCUUUCACCACGUUGCUUUCCUCGAAACUCAGAGGAAUAGUCCCGUUCUCCCCAAAGGACUAGCGGAAGAGACCCUGAGAACCCUAGCAGUCCUAUUUCCCCAGUCCGACCACUGGGCAGUAUUACGCUCUAACCGCAAAAAGCAAGUUUGGCUAGAUAGACUCUGCACUCACUCCAGCCGCAUGAUAGAUCCCCAGCUAGCAUGGUGCGGGACCCCCGGUGGAGAGAUCAGAUAUCUCUCCAACUUUUGCUUUUGGAGAGAUCGCUUACUAAUUCUGAAGGAGGAAUUUGAUCAUUCGACACCGGAUUCGUUCUCUCAGUGGUGGUAUGACCGACGGAAUGGAGUGCAGUGGCAUAACUUUUGGCUACUCGAUCGAUACCUUGAUAUCUCACCUCAUGAGGCUUGCCAGACGCCUGGUCCACCUCAAGCUAUGGAAUUGUUAUCACCUGCCAAUAAUCAGACUGAUGGUUUUGUGUAG